UGCUUGCGAUACUAAUCGUCCGCGAGGUUUCUUCACUUGGGAUCGCGUUCUUACCGAACGAGCGGAGAUCGUUCUUUUGUUUGUUUUCCACCGGCGCGGGACGGGGGCGUUGAAGCCGUUGACUUUCUUUCGCGCAAUCGCGGCUGGCUGUCCGUUUUGUUUGUUUUCCCACAGACGGGGUUCUGAAUCUGAAUGCCCUUUAUCGGUUGCGAUCGAACCGAGAUUGGGUCGUGUUUAUCAUGCGUGAGACAGCGAGAGCAAGUGGUGAUCAAUGAACCGACCGAGAAGAGUCUGUGCGGAGUGUUGUUGGAAAAAGCGUUCGGUGUGCGAAAGUAACGAAGAAGAAGGAUAUUGCAGAGAGGUUCAUCUGCGGCGCAGGAAUAUCAUCGCCAAAGAAGGACGCUCGCUCGUGUGUGUGGUUGUGCUGCGCGCGCGGUUUGUACGCACUCAAGUGUGUUGCCGAGUUCAAGAAACGAUCAUCGCAGACUGAAUUGCGUCAUACUCGCUUCGCUGGCAGAAGUGUGGACGACCGGUCUGCAUCCGACAUCACCGGCUGUGCGGGGUGACCUCUGACAUGGCCUAAUAGAGCGAAGUAUUUUGCCGAAAUUUUAGUACGAUUGGCUGCUAUCGAUCGACAGCCACGCCGACCGCGCCACCACCGUUGGGGGGACCCGCUCUCUAGUGAUAGUGCUUAGUGAUCAUCGGCGAACAGACGAAGCCAUAUUAAAAGUAAUGCAAUUAGUGCCGGUUGGAUUGAAGAAACAAAACUCUUCGACGAGAGCGUGCUCGAACUGAGCCUAUGGAAUGUCGGUGAUCGUGCAACGGCAGCAGCAGCGGCGUCAACGGUCCGAUGAGAAAAGGCCUUUUAAAAAUUUAGAUCAGUGCGAAGAUUUCGUCAAUCCACGCGGCCGCCGAUGAUAUAUCGUAAACUCGUCUCCGUCGUCUUUGCCCACGGUCCCGGUCGGUAGUCGGACGCAGUUGAUAUGGGUUUUUAUUUCCGACAAUAUCUGAUGUGAAUUGCCAAUCAGGUGAAAAGAGAGCCGGCGAAAUCUCGAUGCGGCGUGCGCUAGCAGCAGGUCAGAAGAAAUCGGAGGGUCUUGAUGGAAAAUUCAAUUACCCGGCUUAGUGAAACCACAAAACUCGGAUAGGGUGAUGAUCGCGAUAUGAUCAAUCGUGGUCGUGGUGUGUGUCAAUAGUGGCAAACGAAAUCGGUUUGGGCAGCUUUUAACCCAGAUAAAGUUUGACAAACGACGCGCCGAAUGUUGAGCCGCAAAUCGGGCGGAGAAAAAAAAACCGAGAAAGAGGCAAAUGAUUCCGAGAAGAAAAGUGAAGCAAAUAUCUAAAAUGGUGCAAUUAUCGGUCACUGACUGAUACUUGCUUAGACCGGCAGGAAAAAAAAAGUGCGACGACUACUACAGAGGUAGUGAAACAAAAGUGCGUGUGUAAAUGUUUGUGAGUGUUCUGUGCCAAAGUGGAUAAACAAAUUGAAGAUCAAGCUUCGAUCAUCGAUCGAUCGAUUUGCAUUUGAGGCAAUUUUAACACUGGCAGCAAGAACCCGGCCUUCACUAUGGCUUCGUACAACGAGCUUGACUUCGAGUGGUCUAUACUCUGUGGGAAGGACUGGAAGAACUGGAGCCAUUCAGAUCUGCAACUGGCGGCGGAACUCGGAAAGACCUUGCUCGAACGGAAUAAGGAACUGGAAACUUCGCUCAAACACCAUCAGAAUAUCAUCGAAGAUCAGGCACAAGAAAUCGAGUACCUGACGAAACAGAAUGGCGCCCUGCGGGAGGUCAACGACUCGCGGAUGAAAAUCUACGAACAGCUGGAAGUCAGCAUACAGGACCUCGAGCGGGACAAGUACAAGUUAGCUUUAGAUAACCAAGCCGAAAAGAAGCAUGUCAAAACCCUGUGUCGCAACAUUGAAACCCUGGAAUCCAAGGUCGAAGAACUCGGCAAAACACUGGACGACGUACGGAGGCAGCUGGAAGCGGAGCGGAAGAAGAACGAACGAUUGCAGAACGACAGCUGCAGCGCCGGCCGACGGAAUGGAAAGGACGGUGUUCUGUUGCGGCCCGUUGGAUCCGAUCUGGCUGAUGGAGAGAUCAGCGGCCCUGAGGAGGAUGAGAUCACCGAGAUCGACACUUCCCGGCCGGAGAACUUCUCCUUCGCCUUCCGGGACCAGUCGCACUCGACGGACGUCACCGACGGGAGCCACCUGGCGAUCAGUUUCUCGCACAGCCGAUCCCACCUGCAGCAGAACAUGUCGGACCUGAACCUCGCGGAAGAGAACGAAGAACUGAUCCGGAUAAUGCAGGAACUGGAAAAAACUCGCAAGUGUUUCAUCGCCGAGCAGAAUCGGGUAGCCGAACUCGAGGAACAGCUGGCAGCCAUCGCACAGGAGAACCAAAUCCUCCAGAGCAAGAUAGUGCAAAUCAACACCACGGAGGAGAUGAAGUCCGUGCACGAGGAGCUAUCGAUCCUGGAGGAAGUCAGGCAAGGCCAAAUGUGUACCCGCUGCCUGCGAGGGUUCGAAGAUCGAACGGGAGGAGCGGAAGAUGAAGAAUCGAUCAUCACCGGAACCGAGGGCGACGACCGCAGCCUGAUGGAUCUGAUCCAGAACGCGGACGCUCCCCAGGUGUACCGGUCCUCGGUCACGAUCAAGACUUCUUCUCCUAAGCCAGAUACCUUGGAUUUGUCGGGAAGUAGCUCGAACAAUCCAUAUCGGGAGUUGGUGGCGAAGUAUGAAGCGCUAUUGGAGGUCCAAAGGAAUUCGGUGACCCGUAAGCAGAGCAAUGGACCGACUACGGUUGGUGGAUUGGCCCAGAAUGCUCCGUCCGGACAGCAGCAACAGCAGCAGCCACUGGAAGGGGCGACUGCUCACCAUCAUCAUCCCCACGAGGAGCUCGGAUCGGGUGAUUUCAGCUCGCUGAAUACCAAGUUCACCGAUGAGGAUGGCAGCAAGAAGGAUGACCAGAGUAGCAACGGCACUAGGCGGAAGAUUGGCCUGCGGACUCCGACGGACUUUUCCGAAGCGGAGACCACCAGUUCCGGAUUCUCUGACGAAAUCAGUAACAAGGCUACGCAGACCGAUGAAGGCCCAAGAAACUUUUUAUGCACGAUUGCUGACGAGAACUGCAAGUUCAGCAUCUACGAAGAUCAGACGGUAAUCGAUUCUAGAUUCCGGUUCAGCCCAUCGCAUCGAGAGCUGUUCCGGGAGAUCUUUACCAUCCUUAAGAAGGCUGCCAAUAAUCGCGACGAAGGAGAGCAGUUGCCUCUGCUGGACGAUCAGAACCCACCAGCAGCGAAGGUGGCAACGGCGCCGAAGGUACCCCCGGUGACCCCAGCCAACGAGGAACCCCCUAGCGAGUUUGGCGACGACACGCAGAGCAUCAUUUCGUCUGCUGUUUCUGAACAGUCGUUUGCCAUGUCCGAAUGCAUCACUAAGUCCGAGCGGAAGAAGAUCGAAAAACAAACCAAGUACGCGGAGAAACAUGGCGAACAAGAGAACAAUCCUCCAGUGGGAGUAGCCGCUCUGCCUGAUGGUCGAAUCCUAACGCCCUACAAACGCCAACCCCUCGAGUACCUCAGCGUUGCCGUUGGCGUUAACAAGAAGAAGUCACGUCGCCGUCGCAACCGUGCUUCCGACAACAUGGAUCGCUCGGACUCCCCGAUUGCACUCCCCACGCCUCCACGAGUUUACACCAGCACUGGAAAGAAGGGACGCAGCUCGUAUCGUCCAUGGAACCCGAACGAACCUUCGGCAAGCCCAGCCGGUAACUGUUCCUCCUCCACUGCAACCGCUGCUUCCGAAUGGAACGGCAACUCAAUGACCAUCUACAACCGCAGCGUCAACUCGCCAACGCCAAACUCUUCCUCGCAACGCAGCGGUCAGAACUUCCGCAGCUCCGCCACCAGCUGCAGCAGCAGUGCCACCCGGAACAUGACGGCCGGAAGCUCGAGCAGCAACCGUUUCGCGGAUCUAACGGACGAAAAUGGCGACGCCGUGGUACAGUUCAAACCCUCCUCCGCCAGCCAAGAUCUGCACAAACUGAAGAAGCUGGACCUGUCGUACGCGGAAGUGCUUCGCCGCGCAGACCAUUGCAAGCAACACAACCAGCGGCGUCAGCAUCACAAGUAAAUACCGUUUACGCGUCGUCGAAGGUAUGAGGCUUUGAAUAUGUUUGUGUCAUCGUUGAAGAGAAAAAAAAAACUGUCAAAGAGUCUUGUGUAUUUUUUUAAAGAAUAUUUGUGACGAGCAUGUGCAAGAUUAACGUUUAGUACCGUAAGUAACAACAUCACAACUUUACAUCAGUUUUCAUGUUCUUACAUUUUGAUAUUCUUAUCGCAAGUCCUGAAAAUAUAUUUGUCAGAUUUAGAAACAAAUAAAACAAAACAAGCAGAACCAGUAUUACGAAAUUUGCUGACAAAAAAAAAAGAGUUUCGAUUUACUUUAGCGUUUUUCCUAUUGACGGGGUGACCUGUUGAACGUCUAAAGAUUUAACAUGACCUUUCUCGAUAAGUCAAACAGGUCAACACGUUUCUUAUCUAGGAAAGGAAGCCUAACAAUGAGAUCCAGAAUAAAUUAGUAAUAUAUUACAUCACCAACACAAACUAUUUAUCUAACAAAAAUGCACGAAAAAUAUAAGAUUAAAAUUGAAAACGUACGCCAUAUUGAUUAGUUUGUUUAAAAGCGCGAGGAAUUGUCUGACAGCAGACUGAAAUUUGAUAAUUAUUAGCUCCUAGCGCCGUUUGAAAACAUGAUCCAUUCGUUUAGCAAAUGUUGUUUAUUUAGCUUUAAAUUGGCAACGAACACACAUGUUCGCUGAUUUAAAAUUUUAUUUUGAAUACAGCAAACAAAAAACAAACGUUACUGUCAUUUAUUAUUAAUAUUUUUGCUGAAUCGAAGAAGGCAAAUACGAUUGUUCAAAGCGAAAUCAUCCACAAUGAGCGUUUCAAACAAUCGCAUUUUCCUUCGAGACGUCGUUAUUGCGCUUUGUUCUUAUUAAAUUCAUAAGUUUCUGGACAAGUCUGAUUGCAUGGGUGAAUGAGUCCGCUGCAAUUUCGAGAGAAUGCGAAGACUGUACAGGCGAAGAGUGCCGAGCAUUCGAACGUGUAAACACAAUACCCAAUAUCUAGACGAUAAGAAAGCCAACCAUCCAACCAAUCAACUACUUAUACUCACUCUUAAUGCGUAAACAAGAAACUCAUACGGAAAUUCCGUUUCCGUUCUUCAACACUUACCAACAAACAAAUGAUAAACAAGAGGGAGACACACUUACUAGUUCUUACGUUACAAACAAGUUCAAAACUUUCAUUAAUCCAUGUAAACAAAUUUAAAACAAACAAAAAAAUAACGCAGCGCAGGGUUGCUUCCUUAACUUUAGGGAACAUGAUGGAAACAUAAACAAGGUCAAAGCUCAAUAUAACUGAAAACAUACACAAACUCAUGAGGGAAGUGUCCGCACGCCGCAAUUCGGAACUCGAAUGAAGAAUUAGAUGGAUUCGGCUGUAGUGCAAGGCAGCAUCAGUAAACAGUGUGGCAGGCUGCGGAAGGUUGUAUCCAGUUGGAUAGACCCCCAGCCAACCCUACUUAACUUUGUAAACUAUCGAGAGAAUGAUCCGCGUGAGCCUAUUCUGUACGAUGCAGGAAUUCUGAAUUAAAGCAGAAAAUGGAGAAUGAUAUAAAAGAAUCGAGUAAUGGAUAUGAUGUAAA